UCAUCGCAUCGCAUCACUAUCUCGUUCUCCGACGUGCGAGCAGGAGGCGAAGUUUUCGCGAGUUUUAAUACUGCCAUCCGGAAUCGCAAAAACCGUACCAGAAUAUGGCAUCGUUGGUGAAUAGUGUACGCGGCCUGGCUUGCCGCAAUACGUCCCUGCUCCGUUGCGUGUUUUUACGCUCGGUAUCGUCGGCCACGGUCGCCCGGCGGGAUAGGUGUAAUGAGAAGUUUUUGACAGCCCCGGCCUCCGCACUGCUGUCCCCCUUUGAGCAAAAUGGUCGAUGGCAACUAGAGAUAGUCAGAAAUUACAGUGCUAAGGAACCGCUAACGCUUCAGCUGAUCAAAGAGCGUGUCCUGCUGGUGCUCAAGCUGUACGACAAAGUCAAUCCCGAAAAGCUUACACUGGAGUCGCACUUCAUCAAUGACCUCGGGCUCGAUUCGCUGGAUCAUGUCGAGGUGAUAAUGGCCAUGGAAGACGAAUUCGGAUUUGAAAUUCCUGACGGCGAUGCGGAAAAGCUUUUCAGACCUGCCGACAUUGUCCAGUAUAUCGCCGACAAGGAAGAUAUUUAUGAAUAAGGUUUUCAUAAGCAGGACUCAAACUGUAAAAACUCUGUAUCUGGCAGAUGCUGUAGAUCCUAGUGUGAGAAAUUGAUGAUGAAUGUUGUAAACAGAUACUAUUGAUGGUCACCUACGACGAAAGCGUGCUGUAAGCAAAAAGAGAUGCCGGUAAAUAUGCAUUGGAAGGCACAAACAUCUGCACAUGGAACAUAACAACAAACCUAUAAAUUAGGGUACACAGCUACUCCGUGUUGCAAAAGAGCAAAAAAAUAGAUGAAUACCAUUAAUACCAAUAAAAUGUAUCUGCUAUUUCGUCGCUCCUGUUAAAA